CAAAACAAAAAAAAAAAAAAUCCAUCGAAGCUUUUUUUUUUGUUCCUCUCUCUUUCUUUUCCUUCGAGCCGAUCCCAACAAAUUCGGUGAGAUUUUCUUCUCAAGUUGAAUUGAGAAAAUACAUGAAUCGGAAAUGGGUUUCUAAUCCGGCGUUAUCACCAUCCAAGCGACGACGGUGACCAUCGACGAUAUCUGGUUCCUCAAACGCAAACCCCAAAUCGGGAAUGAAUCGGAAAUGGGUUUAUUGUUGCAAGAUGUGAAGAAACGAAUCUCCGAUGUUGUGGAGGAUAAAAAGGAAGCUGUAGCGGUAACAACUGCAAUUCAAGAGGAGAUAUUCUUGGAGAUGGGAAUUGAACCGGGAUUUGGUAUUGGGUGCUUGGGAAAGCUGAACUCUGCAUCUGAAAAUGAUAAAGAGUUGAUGAUUGGUUUCUACAAGUUCCUCGCUAGUAGGGAGGAGAUGGCAUGUGAAGAAGCUGAGCUAGGACCAGAUGGAUUUGAACAGAAAAUGAGAGCACAACAACUGUUGUUGUGUUGCAAGAACAGGUAUAUUUGAAUGUUCUUAUUUGCAGCAACUAGAGAUGCUUAAGUAUAUGCGUAAAUUUCCACAAGAUGACCAAUCUGCUAUUCUUCAUGCGGCAAAAAAAGGAACUGUUUUUUUGCAAAUUCCUCGGUGCCUUGGUGAUGGUUCAUGCUGAAAAUGCUUUUUCUUAUGUGAUAGUUAUCAUUCACUUUUGUGUAAUCUUGUUUUAAUAUGCUUUUAAAUCAUGUAACUUUAAAUUUUAUGAAAUGCAAUAAUUUAUGUUUUAAAAAAAUGCUUAUAAAUUUCAACCAACCAAUUGUACUUAUAUUUUACUUUUCAAAUUAAUUUUUUAAAAAAUUUAAGAACCCAAAAUUAGGAUCUUACUAUUGGA